AUGUCGACGCUCGAGUGCCUUCUACAUCCCCACCACAUCUCUCUGGUUGACGUUCAUUCUCUGCGAGCAAGACUCAAUCAUGCAGGCGACGCAUACUAUAACAUCGACGGUCUGCCUUCGCAUCGUGGAGUUCAAGCACCCAAAUUCGACGUCUUCGAUAUGGAUGGACAUGCGCCCGGAUGGCUACUCGUAGGCAACGUUCCAGGGGUAAAAUCAGCAGAGGAAAUCCAGGUCGAAUGGCUUGAAUGUACCACCAUCUUCAUUCGUGGAAAGUUGGCAACCACAUUGAUCCCGACUUUCGGCGAAGCGGAAAGCAAGAUCUUGAAGACUGUUCACAAGGAAAGACAUGAAGGUCCCUUUGAACGCUCUGUCACUUUACCUGCGAAGGCCGACCCUGAAAGCUUGAAGAUGGAGGUGAAGGAUGGCAUUGUGUAUGUCAGAAUCGCAAAGAAGUUUGAGACGGAGAAGAAGGAGUGA